UUGUUGAUUGCUGUUAUUGUUAAAAAUUCAUUUAGAUAUUUAAAAUUUGUAAAAAAUUGGGACGAAUAGAAAAAUGUUGAGUCAUUACAGCAAAAAGGUGCUCCUCAGACACUGGUCCUGGCGGAACUUUCAGUCCUGCCGACGAAACUUCAUCGAGAGCCCCACAGAGCCGCCGCCGUACCACUGGCACAAGCCCAUGGGCCAGCAUACGGACAUAAGAGUCUACAACAAUGGAAUGCGCCGGAAAGUUCCCCUGAUACUACGUAACCCGAACAUGGUCACCUGGUACACAUGCGGCCCAACAGUCUACGACUCUGCCCAUCUAGGCUAUGCCAGCACCUAUGUGAAGGUGGACAUCGUUCAACGCAUUCUACGGAACUAUUUCAAUAUAAAUCUCGUCACUGCCAUGAAUAUUACAGAUGUGGACGACAAAAUCAUUAGGAAAGCCCGCGAUUCCGGCUGCGAUUGGCUGGGAAUGGCCCGUACCUAUGAAGCCGAGUUUAAACAGGACAUGCUGCGUCUCAACGUCCAGCCACCGGAGAAGAGCUCAUCAACGAUUCGCAUGCCUACGUGACGGAGGACAAUUCUGUUUACUUUGACGUGUCCAAGUACCCACACUAUGGCAAACUGCAGAGGCUGGGCAUGAGCACCGAAGAGAAGUCGGAUCUGUUUAAGCACAACAGUGCGGACUUUGCUCUUUGGAAAACCAAGAAGGAGGCUGAUGAGCCCAGUUGGGCGGCUCCUUGGGGUGGAGAGGGUCGCCCCGGCUGGCACAUUGAAUGCAGUGCCAUUGCCGGAUUCUUUUUCGGGCACAAACUGGAGUUUCAUGCUGGCGGCCAUGCUAACUUUUGGCAUUACCAAACUGGCCGAGACGGAGAGCCUUUCACAGGAGAUAGCAACCUGCUGGAACAGCAUGGAAUCCAAAUACGUGACCAUAAAGAAGGCAGCUCUUGGGUCUACGCUUCACGAGCCGCCGCCAGUGAAAGCAAACAGUGAAAGCAUUUGGCUGUGCCAAAUGAAAACCAAAAUGGAAAUGAGAGUGUUGUGUCUACGUCAUGGUUAUUAUUACAUAAAUUCAAAUCUGAGACUCAA